CCCGUCCCGACGCCACCUUGGCCUCCGUGGUUUCGACUGAGACGCCGCAGCUGGAUUCCCAGCACAGCGGACACUGGUCCCUGCCUCCCUCCGCCAGGCUCGGCCAUUCCUCUGAAACUCUGGCGGCGGCGGCUACCCGGGAGCGGAUUUCCAGGCGCAGGUCUGGGGCGUCGGCGUUCCAGCAGGGCGACCCGGCUUCCUCCGACGUCCUUCCUGUCCUCGAGGGCGGCCGGCGCGAAUACAGGUUGCGCCCCGCAACCCAACUCCAAGCAGGUGGAGAACAGCGGGCGGGGGUCGGAGGGGCGGGGCUCAGGAGGGAGGCGGACGCGGUGGGGGCGGAGCCUGAGGAAAGAAGCCCGCCCAGGUUGGGGUGGAGCCAGGCCCCAGUGUCCGAGCUCUGUGCGGAAGAGCCGGGGCUUCCUUGUACCGGAAGCGGAAGAAAGGACAACAAACUGGCCUACAGGACGGUGGAUAAAAGCAGCGUGACCCGGAAGCAUUCACAGACGCACCGCCCUUCCCGCCCAAUAGCGCUGCCUGGGGACGAGCCACUUCCUUUCUGCGCUCCCGCUGGCCUAGUGAGCAGGCACGGCCUCGACAUGCAGAACGACGCCGGCGAGUUCGUGGACCUGUACGUGCCGCGGAAAUGCUCCGCGAGCAACCGCAUUAUUGCUGCCAAGGACCACGCAUCCAUCCAGAUGAAUGUGGCCGAGGUUGACAGGGUCACAGGCCGGUUUAAUGGCCAGUUUAAAAUCUAUGCUAUCUGUGGGGCCAUUCGAAGGAUGGGUGAAUCAGAUGACUCUAUUCUCCGAUUGGCUAAGGCUGAUGGAAUUGUCUCAAAGAACUUUUGACCAGAAGAGAUCGGGGAAUAUUUGUUAUAAAUAAAAGUGAGAAAGUA